CUGGGAGAGGGCUGCGCGUUCCCACGGUCAGCCGCGCACACACGUGUCUGCAGCAGCGCGGCGAAGAGCCCGCGGGAGAGCAUGUGAGUAUGAGAAAGCAAGGAAGCAAACAGCAUGGCAGUUCCUCCUUGAAGAGCUCUAGGUACUGAUCUGGGACAGAGGUACAGGAUGGACAUCCCAGCAUCUGGGGCAGGAAUAAUCCUCUACCAGAAAAUCAAGCUACACUGCAAAUAUCCACCUUUGGGGGACAUAUCUUGCUGUUCUUCCAGAAGCUAUGCCUGAAUGACUGUGUAAGACUUAAGCAGACAUGAUGUCCUCUUUGGGGUCCAAAAACUUCUUCUCCUUCCCACGCUCAUUUGAAUGGCUGGGUUGAAGUUACCUUGGCUGCCAAACAACCCUUGCCAUGGGUGUUUUGCUGGAUAGAAUCUGUGACUUUUCUUUUGGGUUCAACAUUUCAUCUGGAACUCCUACACCACCUGUAGUCAACCAGUCUCUGAAGGACACUGAACUGGUGCAGCAAUAUUCAGAGUGCACGCAGGCUGAUGGCAGCUCUCCGGGUCCAGCUGUCUCCUUAGUGCUUCCCAUCAUCUAUGCCUUCAUCUGUGCCUCUGGUGUCCUGGCCAAUGGGCUGGUGAUCUCAGUGGUGUUGGGCUGCAAACAGAAGGUCGUCUCGGACAUCUACAUUCUGAACUUGGCCGUGGCUGACCUGUUGUUCCUGCUUGGGAUGCCACUCAUCAUCCAUCAGCUUCUUCAGGAGCGAGGCUGGGUAUUUGGGGACUUUCUGUGUUGGGCUGCAACUACUAUUGAUCUCAAUAACCAGUUCAGCAGUGUGGCCAUUGUCACUCUGCUCUGCAUAGACAGAUAUGUGGCAGUGGUGUACUCAUCUACCAUUGGCCAGAAGCGGACCUUGCGCUGCACAGCAGUGAUCAACACUGGCAUAUGGGCUGGAAGCUUGAUUCUGGCUACUCCCGCUAUGCUGUACACCCGGAUAUUUUGGGACAACAAGACUGAGAUCUGCCUUAUUGACUUGCCAAGUCCCCGUAGCAUGUACUGGUAUACCCUCUACCAAUCCUUAGUAGCAUUCCUACUCCCUUUGUUGGUGAUUACGGUGUUAUAUUCCUUGACUUUGCACCACCUAUUCCGUGCCAUGCGCCGUGUGCAUCGGAAGGCAUCUGCCCGCAGCCGGAAAGUGACUCGCAUGGCACUCACAAUCAUUGCUGCCUUCUUCAUCUGCUGGACACCCUAUCACGUGCUGCAGCUGGUCAAUCUGACAGCCACUCCUUCGACAACCUUCUUCUACCUAUACCAGGCUACUAUUUGCCUCAGCUAUGCUCACAGCUGUGUCAGCCCCAUUCUUGUUAUUUUCUGCACCGAGUUCUUCCAGGAGAGGAUGGCCCAGUCCAGGUAUUGCAAGUGUCUCACCAGGUGGACAACGAUACGGGAACAUCUUUCUUUUUCUACUGCAGAAAUCACAGCUACAAUGUAUAGCCCACAAGUGAGUCAUUCUCUGUCUCCGUGCAGCCAUCAUCACUUUGGGAUAGAAAUGCCUUUAAAUUCCAUGAAUGAAACAACCAGCUACACUAUGCCUGUCAGUGGGCAUGGGGAUUGUAAUGGAGCUUCCAGUGGCCCUCUCUGAUUGUUGCUUAUCUGAAUGUAACCUAAGGGUAUUCUUCUGAAAAGAAAAAAAAAACGGUGCUUUUUAUAUUGUGUUCAUUUGUGAACACAUAAUGAAGAAGGUUCACGUUGUGAUGAUGGUUCAUCUUGUGAAGAGAAAGAGAAAUGGACCGUAGGAUCCUUGAAUUUGAAAGGUGGAGGGACGUUUUGAGAUAAUGGACUCUGAUAAUUGUAUGCCAUCAGUAUGCUGACUGUCCCACUCACGGAAUGCACAAUACUCCAAUAUAUCUUUCUAACGCACUCUUCCUCCAAAAGUGAUUUUUCCCUCUCUAAGGGCUCUUCCAACAGGCCUUUCAGGCAAUCACUUCUUCCAUGUCUUGCUGAAUAUGUGUUUGAAGGCUGUGGUAAUAUCAAUUUUACUUGUUACCUGAAGAAACAGGCUGUUUACAUUUGCAGAAGAAGAUCAAGAACAUUGUGAAACUGAUGAAGGGGUUGUGAAAUUGAUGCAGGUGAGUUUUCUGAGGAGAUCAGGUUAUGAAAUCGAAGAGAGGUUUGCUAAAGUAACAAAAGGAGAGGGUGCCCUGCUUUGUUUUCCCCAGGGGACUGGUGGGCCAAAACCAAACCAAACAUUUUUUUCUAAAAAAAUCUAAAUGUAUAGAAAUGAUGGUUCAAACUUUGUGCAUUUUUCUAGACAGAAAAGUGGUCAGAAGCUACUGAAAACCUGUGGGAGCCUGCUAUUGGUCACCAAAAUCACAAUGCUUUUUAGCAUCUCUUAUAUUUCUCACAACAGGAAUAUAUUUUGGAAAAUUAAUGCUUCUCAGUCAUUUGCACAUGAAGGCAGCUCCAGCGUAGAUCCUUCUGUCUACUCAGUGCAAAAUUUGUUAAUGAGGGAUGCAAAUACACAAUUUCUCAGAGAUGAGCAACUGGUUUCUCUCCAACAAGGAAGAAUCUAUUACCUCCCAAGAAAGUUGAUUCCACCUUCAAACAGUUUACACUGUUAAGAAACAUUCUCCUGUUUAGCAGAAAUCUUCUCACUGGAUCUAGUCUAGCCCUUAUGAGCAAAACAGGACAUAUCUGUUCUCUCUUCCUUGUGACAACCCCAACAAGAACACUUUUAAUUUCUCACUCUGUAAAGGACUAAGAAAUUCCUCAUAGGACUUAACUAGAUCCAUCACUGGAAGUGCACCAUGUGCUCUACUUUUGCAUAUGUCCUUCACAAAAUGUGCCAUCUUGAUUAGACAUAGUACUGUUCCUCCCCAGUGUAACCUGGGUGGAGAUUUUGAUGAGGGCAUCUUAUAUAGCAGGUUAGAGUAGCUUAAGGCAGUGCUUCUUAAACU